AUGCUCGAUUUUUGUCGUUUAUGUUGUGAAAACAAUAAGGCUCAACUACGACAAAUUCAGGAAUAUGAGGAAGACAAUGAAACCAACAAAGCCAUCAACUGGUACACAAAAGAUUCUUUUGUUUAUCGAUUUUGCAACAAAGCUCUUCGCACAAAUAACAUACGUGUUUUAUUUAUAUUUCGUUAUUUAAUUAGUGAUAUUUCAAGGUCAUUAGCUAGACUUCAUAAGAAGACACAAGAAAAAGAAUAUCUUUUGUACCGUGGUGUGACUAUGCCGUAUACAGAAUUAGGCAAGAUGAAACCUGGCAUGUUUUUAGCUUAUAACUCUUUUUUAUCAACUACUACUCAACUUGGGGUGGCUGAUAUGUAUGCUAGUACAGGAACUUAUCAACAAACAGGUGAUUGUGUUUCUGUUCUCUAUCAUAUUAAUGUUGAUAAUCGACAUCAACUUCAUCAAAAGAAGAAACAGAUGAUUUUUGCUGACGUUCACGACAUAUCAGCGAUACAAGCUGACGAAGAGGUGCUCUUUGAUAUUAGUUCAACAUUCGAAAUAGAAUCAAUUGAAUACGAUGCAGAAAUAACGCGUCAAGUAUGGAACGUCAUAAUACGUAGUACAAGUAAGGGUGAAGAACUUAUUGACACGUUACUUCAUGAAAAUCCUGAACAAACGACCAGGCUAUUUAUGCAGCGAUGUGUGGAAUGGCAUAUAAAUUGCAAUUGGGACCUUUUAGAAGGCAUCGUAGACAACAUUGAUACUCGGUUAGACACAGAGGGUGAGGAUAAAAUUUAUCGUGCUGGGCAAAGCUUUUUUAACGCCGAUAAUAAAGACUUUUCAUUUUCAUCUACGCUUUCUUCUGUAUUUCGGAUGGCUCGUUCAACUGUACCAGUGAUCAUACCUACUUUUGAAACGAUAGAUAAGUCUUUAGAUUCAUAUGCGACAUUAUUUUCAAUGACUUCAGAGCUCAAUCAUGCGAUAAAGAGAGCUAAAUUCCUUCCACAUAUUUCACGACGUCAACGUAUCAAGCGUACCUUUAUAAAUGUAGCUCGAAACCUUGUUAUUCGUAAUUCACCUCUUCGCAUGAACAUUGACUAA